CCGACCCGCGAGCCGUGGGACGCUUUUUCCGCGAGGAAGUGCCUCGUCGGUGGGGCAGAGGAGAGAAGCGCUGGCCAACUGGAGAGCAGGCGGGGCAGGGAGGUGCGGCGAAGGCAGGACGGGGCCGGAGGAGCGGCGCUCCGGGCCCCGCUGAGCCCGGCGGAGUGCGAGCAUGAGCGGCGGGGAUGGCGGUGGGGGCCGGGCGGGCGCCCUCAGCUGCGGCCUCCUCUCCAUCCCCUCCAGCAAACUCCCGGACUUGCGAUUUAUCAGCCGGGGCGCUUACGGGACCGUGUCCGCCGCCCGGCACGCCGACUGGAGGGUCCCGGUGGCCCUGAAAUGCCUGCAGGGGCCGCUGCUAGACAGCGAUAGAAACCACCUUCUAAAAGAAGCAGAGAUAUUACACAAAGCCAGAUUUAGUUACAUACUGCCAAUUUUGGGAAUCUGCAAUGAGCCUGAAUUUCUGGGGAUAGUAACAGAAUACAUGACCAAUGGGUCAUUAAACCAGCUAUUGCAUGGGAAAGAUGUAUAUCCCAACAUUCCCUGGUGCCUGAGAUUCCGUAUUCUUUAUGAAAUUGCUUUGGGAGUAAACUAUUUGCACAACAUGAAUCCUCCAUUGCUGCACCAUGACUUAAAAACCCAGAACAUUUUGCUGGAUGAUGAGUUUCAUAUUAAGAUUGCAGAUUUUGGCAUGUCCAAAUGGCGUGUCGUAUCCAUGUCCCAGUCCCGAAGUGAAUCCUCUUUGCCAGAAGGAGGGACAAUUAUCUACAUGCCACCUGAGGAUUACAACCCCAGUCAGAAAACCCGGGCAAGUGUGAAACAUGAUAUCUACAGUUACGCAGUUAUCAUAUGGGAAGUGAUGUCAAGGAAACAGCCAUUUGAAGAAGUUAUAAACCCCUUGCAGAUAAUGUACAGCGUGUCACAAGGACAGAGACUAGACUUGAGUGAAGGAAGUCUAUCAAUGGACAUUCCUCAUCGAGGGCUUAUCAUAAGACUGAUGGAAAGUGGAUGGGCACAAAACCCAGAUGAAAGACCAUCAUUCUUAAAAUGUUUAAUAGACCUGGAGCCAGUUCUGCGAACAUUUGAUGAAAUAGCUAUGCUGGAAGCAGUAAUUCUCUUAAAGAGAUCAAAGUCACUAUAUGAAUCCCAAAGUAUUUACAAGAGUGGAAAGAAAGCAAAUGUGGAGCCGAUAUCUCUAAAUAUACCUCUGAAUCUUGAAAAGCCAGCGUACUGUAGCUCCAUACAGUGUGAUGCACUUCCCCUUCGGAGCAUCUCUCCAGAUACAUCAAAAUUCAAGUCUAUUCCCCAGUGUAAUAUCCUCUCAUCAGAUGGAAAUUCUGGGUCUCUGCACUCUCUUAGCAGCCAGAGCAUGGAUGAAAAUCUGUCUGUAACUCAAAGUGCCAGACUCCUUGUGCAUCCAUACAGUGCUGUUCUCUCAACUGACAAGAGAGUUUCAGAUGCCUCAAGUUCUGCAUCCCAUGUGCUGCGGUCAUCACCGAUUCCUUCAGAUUUUGUAUUGGAAACCAUACAACAGAAUGUAGCUCAUCAGUGGAUACAAAGUAAAAGAGAAGAAAUUAUUGAUCAGAUGACUGAAGCAUGCUUGAAUCAAUCACUGGAUGCUCUUCUGUCAAGAUUUUUACUCAUGAAAGAGGAUUAUGAACUUAUAAGCACCAAACCUACAAGGACAUCAAAAGUACGACAACUGCUUGAUACUUCAGACAGCCAAGGAGAGGAAUUUGCCAGAAUUAUAGUACAGAAGUUGAAAGAUAACAAACAGCUAGGACUUCAGCCUUAUCCAGAUAUUGUAUCUAAUUCUCAAAGACUGCAGCUUUAAAUUUAUUCUUUCUUUAUGAAACCAUGUGAAUAUUUCUUACAACAUGAUUUGUGUUUCUAUAUAGUAUUUUAUUUAUGUGCAGCUUUGUCUUUACUGUGCCUUUGUAGAGUCUCAGAAAUGACCCUGACUUCUUCUAGCCUGCAUUUGGUCAGUGACCAAUUAAUACAUUGGAGUGCAGUCAUAAAGCCAAACACUUGACAGUUGUUGACUCAGUUUGUAAAAAUAUUUUGUUUAUACAUGACAAAGAAAAAACAUUAAAGGUCUACCAUUUUACAUAUUUGCUGUUUAUACACAUCCUUUCAUUUCAUCUCACAGGAUUGAGACAUCUCAUCUUAACGUGGCAUGUUUGUUUUUCUCGUUCCAUCUGCUCUUUCUCAGAGGAGGGAAAAAAAAAAUCUAGGUGCUCUUUUCUAGGGCUGUUCUGCUGUAUGUAUAAUAAACUUCUUUCCUUAAGCCAUGCUGGUGCGCAUACAGGAGAGGAGUGGUAGGUGAGAGGAGGUUUAUAUUGCAUUUUUGCAGGAUUAUUUAUUGUUUUGGUUUGUUUUUGUUUUUUUCUCAUUUUGUUGCCAGAGCAAGUGCCUCAGACUACAGCAUAAGAAGAAUUCUAGUCCAAAGAGGAGCCAAAGGGGAAGGAGGACAUUGUGCUUAUCAUCUUUGUUCUGCUCAGAAGUGAUAUAGUAGAAAGGCUGCUGCAAUAGCAUUUUACAUUGUGUGGUUAUAACCUUAUUAGCUAUUCUUGAGAUCAUAGUAGGAUGAGAUUCAGGAAGAACCUACAUAAGGGCAGCCUCAAUUAAUACCUCUUUAACAUUUCCUUGGUCACCUGCCUUGCCUUUGUCACCUGCCAUCUGACCACCCCUUACCUUUGUCAUCUGCCAUAAAUACUUCUCAUGUGAUGUUGCUAGAUCAAACUUCUAAAUUUUAUUUUUGGUAUUUACCUAAUGAACUACAUAAGUAGUUGGGUCUGUACAAAGAUCAAUAGUGCCCUGCCUUGCCAUGCUGGAAGUAAUAUGCAAGGCUUUCUUCUGCUAUCACCUCUUUAACCUUCUCCAGAUCACAAUCUCUCCUUUUUUAUCUGAAAGUAACACGUUGAGGUACAGGCGGGGCUACCUGAGAAGAAAAGGUAUGUGGUAUUUUUUUCACUUCAUUUCACAAGCACUUAGUGACUUUAUCUAGAUGACCUCAAAACUAGUAAAAAAAUUACUUGUUUUAAUUUGUCAGAACACAGCACAGGCAGAUUAUUUUUGCAAGUACUAAUAAAUAAUUACAAUUUCUGCUCAGACUACCUAAAAUUUGGGAAAAUCCAAACUCCACAUGCAAGAAUCAUGAAGUAUAUCUAAAUUACCAUAUAAAAAGGAGCAGAUAAAUGAAAAAUCCUAAGUGAUGGCUGUUUCAAAACAUAGGGAGAUGUGAGAUCUGCUCCAUUUCAAUGAUUCAAGUUUCAGCGUGGGUAUUACUGGUUGCCAACGGCUUACUUUUUUCAAUAUGAUUUUGUGAACUGAAUCACAAGAAUACAAUGUAUAGUUUAGUGGAUAUCAGAGUUUUAAAAUUGUUUUUAAUAAAGUAAGUUUUUGACAUGAA